CAUUCAUUUACCUUCUUAUUAGUAUCUCAAAUUCUAUCACUAACAUUUUCUAACUCUAUCAUAGCACCAUUUUUAUUAUUCUCAUCUUCCCAAAAUGGUUGAUUUAGAGGGGAAAUCAAAGAUGGCAAGGUCCAAAAUCAACGUGCAUGAUCCCAAGUCUCCAAAACUCGCCGUUUCAGACAAACCCGUCCUUCAGCCAAACCUACCCGCUUUGCAACUACCUCUUACACCAAACGACAUCAAAACAGCGUCGUUUCCCCUUUGUGAAGCUUACGACAACUAUCUCCGCCUCCCUCAGCUCCGAACACUCUGGGACUCAAACAACUUCCCAAACUGGGCCCAUGAGCCCAUCAUGAAGCCCGCCCUCAACGGUCUCGAGAUCACGUUCCGCUUCAUCUCAACCGUUUUGUCGGACCCAAGGCCGUACGCGAACAAACGCGAGUGGGCCCGCAGGCUCGAGUCCUUGGCCAAGGCCCAGGUACAGCUCAUCUCCACGCUCUGCAAAGACCAGGAAGAAAGCCCGGAGACAUGUGGUGAAGUUCCGGUAAGGGACGUCAGCAGUAGCGGUUACAGAAGCUAUAGCGAGGCUAGUUUGCUUCCAAGGCUCGCCACGUGGCACAGAUCCAAAGAUGUAGCUCAGAGGAUCCUCGCCACCGUGGAAGCUGAGAUGACGAGAUGUUCGUACACUUUAGGCUUGGGCGAACCGAACCUCACCGGAAAACCGAUCCUCCGUUACGACGCGGUUUGCAUGCCAAACGAGCUUCACUCUCUCGAAACGACGCCAUUUGACCACGUCGAGAACUUCGAGAAUUUGAAUCUCCACGCAACGCACCAGAUUGUAGAGUCCUGGUCACGCGCCGCGCGCGUGCUGCUCGAGAGUGUUGCGGAGUCGGUCGAAGGAAGAAGGUUUGAGAAGGCGGCGAGGGAGUGCUACGCGGUGGAGCGGAUCUGGAAGCUUCUAUCGGAGAUCGAGGACCUUCACUUAUUGAUGGAUCCGAACGAUUUCAUGAAGCUGAAGAAGCAGAUCGCGAUUCGGGGUUUCGGCGAUACGGCGGCGUUUUGCUUCCGAUCGAAGGAGCUUGUGGAGGUGGCGAAGAUUUGUAGGGAGAUGAAGAGGAUGGUACCGGGGAUAUUGGAGGUGGAGGUUGAUCCGAAGGGAGGGCCGGGUAUGGUGGAGGCGGCGAUGAGGAUUUACGCGGAGAAGAAGGCGGAGGGUGUGGUUGAGGUGCUGCAAGCGAUGCUGGGGAUAGAGGCGGCGAUGAAGAGAUUCUUCUACGAUUACAAGCAGGUUGUAGCGGCGGUGAUGGGAAGCGCGGAGGCUGGCGGGAACCGAGUUGAUUCAGGUGACUCGCUAAGUCAGAUAUUCUUGGAGCCAACGUAUUUUCCGAGCCUCGAUGCGGCAAAGACGUUCCUGGGAUAUUAUUGGGAUAAUCACGAAAAUACCCUUACUUGGCACUAACAUUUGAAUGACCCUAUCAAUUAAAAAA